AUGAUCUGCAGAUCGGCUCUGUCGAGAGGCAGCAAGCUGGCCCUCGGGCGCCAGGGAGCCCGCGGUUUCGCUGCUGCUGCCUCACCCAAGGCCUCGUAUGAGCCCACUACCAUCGCCGGCGUCAAGGUUGCUUCCCGAGACGACAAUGGCCCGACCACCCGCCUCGCCGUCGUCGCAAAGGCCGGCACCCGAUACGAGCCCCUCCCCGGACUGACGAACACCAACAAGCGCUCUGCUCUCCGCAUCACCCGUGAGGCCGAGCUCCUCGGCGGUCAAUUGACUGCUUACCACACCCGCGAGGCCCUUGUGCUGCAAGCCAGCUUCCUCCGCGAGGACCUCCCCUACUUCACCGAGCUCCUUGCCGAGGUCGUCUCGCAGACGCGGUACACCACUCACGAGUUCCACGAGGAGGUCAAGGAUAUCAUUCACCAGAAGCAGGCCAAGGUGGACGCCUCCGCCGUUGCCCUCGAUGCCGCCCACGCCGUCGCUUUCCACUCUGGCCUCGGUGCCCCUCUCUAUCCCACCCCAAGCACACCCAUCGACUCCUACCUGAAUGAGCAGGCCGUUGCCGACUUCGCCGCCGUUGCCUACUCCAAGUCCAACAUCGCCGUUGUCUCCGACGGUGCCAGCGAGCACGGCCUCCAAAAGUGGAUCGAGCCCUUCUUCAAGACCGUCCCGGCCCAGGGCUCCGGCUCCCUCAACAACGUCGCCUCCAAGUACCACGGUGGUGAGCAGCGCAUCUCCGCCGUCGGCCAGAACUCGGUUGUUAUCGCUUUCCCCGGUGCCUCCCUCGGUGCCAGCAGCCCCGAGACUGCCGUCCUUGCCGGUCUCCUCGGCGGCGAGUCCACCAUCAAGUGGUCUCCCGGCUUCUCCCUCCUGUCCCAGGCUGCCGCCCCCGGUGCCCAGGCCAAGGCCACCAACUACGCCUACUCUGAUGCUGGUCUCCUCGUCAUCCAGAUCAACGGCCAGUCCGCGGCCGCUGCCAAGGCUCUCCUCGAGGGCAAGGCUUCGGUGGCGUCGGUUGGUGACCUCCACGUGCUCCCCUUCGCCGAGGACCUCGGCCUUCAGGUAUAA